AUGUAUGUCAAGAUUGAAAGUUGUCGAUUAAGGUGGUACAGGAAGAACCAGACACAGAUUCGUGCCGACUUGUAUAAAGGAGUUGUUGAUGCGAUCACAUCGGGGGAGACACGAGCAAGCAUUGUUGGGGUAAGAAUAGUUCUCCCUGGAACAUACCCUGGUGGCGACCGCGACAUGAAGAAGAGGCAUAUGGAUGCCAUGGCUAUUGUACAUACAUAUGGGAAGCCUGACAUCUUCUUGACCAUGACUUGCAAUCCAAAAUGGGAAGAGAUAACGAAUGAGUUGCUGCCUGGUCAGACGCCGCAAGACCGACCUGAUAUUGUGGCCCGCGUGUUCUUUGGCAAACUAGAGGCCAUGAAGGACAUGUUGUUCAAGAAGCACAUCCUGGGUGUUGUCGUCGCAUAUGUAUAUGUUGUCGAGUUUCAAAAAGGGGGCCUCCCACACGCACAUUUUCUGUUGAUCAUGGACUCAACAUAUAAGCUUAUCGUCCCCGAGCAGUAUGACCGACUCAUUUCCGCAGAGCUCCCAGACAAUCAUAAGUAUCCGGAAUUGUAUGCAAUGGUGGUAAAACAUAUGAUGCACGGACCAUGCGGUGCUCUAAACCCGAAGAAUGUUUGCAUGCAAGAAAACGGAUGCAAGUGCAGAUACCCGCGGUCGUUCAAUGAUAACACAGCACAGGGGAAGGACUCGUACCCAGUUUAUCGACGUAGAGACGAUGGUAGGCGUGCUAAGGUCCGAGGGAAGAUGUUGGACAACAGAUGGGUUGUGCCUUAUAACCCAUACCUUCUGCGGAUGUUCAAUUGCCACAUCAACGUUGAGGUUUGCUCGAGCAUAAAGGUCGUCAAAUAUCUUUACAAGUACAUUUACAAGGGCCAUGAUAAGGCUUCUUUCAGCAUCGACCAGCCCGACGCCGAUGAAAAAAAUAAGUUUUGGAAGCCGCGGGUCGAGCAUUUUCAAAUAGGUCGCAUCGUGUCUGCCAAUCCUGCCGAGGGGGACCGAUACUAUCUGCGUGUGUUGCUAAACCAUGUUACGGGCAAAACAUCCUUUGACGACUUGCUCACCGUGGACGGCGUGCUAUGUGGGAGCUUUAGAGAGGCUGCUGAAAGGUUGGGACUCAUCGAGGCAGACAACACGCUCGACGACUGUCUUACUGAGGCUGAGCAGUGGGCGAUGCCAUGUUCUCUUAGGAGGCUCUUCGCAACCAUCUUGGUGCACUGCGAGCCAGGCAACGUGCGUGGUUUAUGGGAUAGGCACCUCGAGCCUAUGUCAGAUGACUAUCGUCGAUCACGCACGUCCCCUGACGAGGUGGAGCAGAUGGUGUUGCUAGACAUUAGGGGUAUGUUGUAG